AUGUUUACAGGUAAGGAUCUUUUGCUAACGACAGUUCUGCUACACAUUAAUGCGAUGAUCGCUCUGUUCUUUAUUGCCGCUUGUGUUGGAUUCAGCAUCGCUGGAGAAGGUGGUUAUGUUUACCUGAUAAAUCUGAGUGGAUCGGAUUGGAAACAGACACACCAAGAAUCAUCCCAUAUGAAUACCUGGCAAUUUCCAGCUUUAUUCAAAAAUGGGAACGCAGAACUGUUUUAUGUAGAAUUCGAUGAUCUGAUAACAUUCAGUUCUUCCGCUCGAGUUGACUAUGAACUUGUUGGAACAGGAGGAAAGAGUUUUCAGAUAUUAGCUAUAGGAGGACCUCCUCUUAGGCAGGAUAUACCUAACCGAUUGGAGGCGUUCUAUGACAACAUAGAGAUAGAUGGGCAACCGAAAGGAAUGAGACGCAAUUUAGGUUUUAGGCAUGACGGAGACACCAAUAUCAUUAUUAUUGGAAAAAAUGGGAAGUACACCGGCACUAGUUUGGACGGUUCUAACUGGAUGAAGAACAACAUAGACGUUUUGGGGAAUAGAACUCUCAGGCAGAUUUCCAUCCCUGGAUCUCAUGAUGCAGGUAUGAGCAGGCUGAAUGGAGGAACUGCCUUUGCUUAUGAAUGCAAUGUGCUAACUCAAAGUUAUCCUUUUGAAGGCCAGUUGAAUCUCGGUAUCAGAUACUUCGAUAUAAGACCAGUGAUUGGUAAUGGUGGUAAUUAUCUCACCGGGCACUACACUCACAUUACAGGUAGCUGGCAGGGUGGUAACGGUAAGUAUAUCGCUGAACUUAUAACUGAUCUCAAUGUUUUUACAAAACACCACAACGAACUAAUAAUACUCAAAUUAUCACAUUCUUUGAACACUGAUGUGGGACCCAAUAGUUAUAGAAAGUUAAACCAAGAAGAGUGGGACAAGUUGUUCGAGAAACUGGACACAAUAAAUUUUCUUUACAACAAUGACAAUAAAAAUGUUAAACUUGACCAAAUAACUUUUAAUGAUUUCACCGAUCAUGGGUCCAAAGCUUCUGUCGUCAUAAUUGUUGAUGAUCCUGACUCUAAAGUCGAGUUAGGAAGUAGAUUAGGUAAGGGUUAUUUCAUGACUAACAGCUUAGAUAUUUAUGAUGAUUAUGCUGGUGUUAACAAUUGGAGGACAAUGAUCAAAGAUCAAGUCAAAAAGAUGCAUGAGCAUUCAAACAAUCAGUACUUUUUACUAUCCUGGACCCUGACUCAAAAUGGCCGUCAAGCCGCCUUUUGCACUACCUUUUCUAUCGCCCUUAUGGACCUGGCAGAUCAAGCUAAUAUUCAGUUGGGAAAAUUGUUGUAUGAAGAAGUUUCUUCUUCCUCAUAUCCCAACAUCAUUCUUGUCGAUAACGUUAAAGACACUGACGUAGCUGCAAUGGCAAUGGCUAUAAACACAAAAAUAAUGUAA